GAAUCUAACUUUUUAAAUAUUAGUUGACGAAUCUUUUAAUUAUAUUUUCUGCUUAUGUAGAUUAAUAUAUAUAUAAACACACGUAUGUAUGUAUGCACACCCCAACCUAACCUUUUUGUUUCAUGAAGUCUUGUAAUUAAAAUGAUGUUGAGAUUCAAGCUUCAUCUAUGGCUAUGGCUGACUCUCCUCCUAAUGCUUUUGGAUGACAUACGCUGCGAAGUCGGCACUGCUAGCUUGUACAACCCACCAUACACUCCUUCGGCGUGUUAUGGAAGCGACGCUUCGCAAUUUCCGUCAAGCAAUUUGUUUGCAGCAGCAGGAGAGGGGAUCUGGGAUAACGGUGCUGCUUGUGGGAGACAAUAUUUGGUUAAGUGUAUAAGUGCAGCCAUACCAAGAACGUGUAUUCCGGGUCAAACCAUUGAAGUUAGGAUCAUUGAUCGGGCGCAAACAUCCGUUUCCAGGCCAACAAGGCCCGGCACUACAAUGGUCCUCUCCGAUACGGCUUUUCGAACUAUCGCUAAUCAAAUUGCAUCCAUUAACAUUGAGUUUCAAAAGGUUUGAAUAUGGUGAUAUUGCGUAUUCCAUUGACAAUACUUUUAUUCAUAUGUAAUCAGCAACUUGCACACAUUUUUUAUAGCGACUCUAGAAUGUUUUCGUAUGGAAAAGUCAGACGAGUAUUAGUUGACCAGUUUUCUUUUAAUUGCUUGAAUUUUGUACUUCCAUUUUUGUAAAUAAAAUUCACCAAGUAUGAGAAUCAAAAUGUUCCAAACCUAUAUAAUAA